CUGAAUAAUUAUAAUAAUUGUAAUAAUUUUUUUUUUAUAUGUUAUUUGACAUUAAUAUUUUAAUAGUUUAUUAAAUCUAGCUUAACAUUAUUUUCCUUGUAAAUGUUAUAGAUAUAAAAAAAAAGUUAUCUCUGAACUGACUUCGUACACAACACUACGCAAGUUUUCGAACACAUCCGUUUCGUGUUGACUUUUGGAAAAAAAAGAAAAAAAGUAUUCGGUACCACACUCGAGAUAAUAUUUAAAUUUAGGCGAGUUAGUCUCUUGCUACUCAGUUUCGCCUGAGAGUGCUCGGGGACCAUAUAUAUAUAUAUAUAUAUAUAUAUACACACACGCACGUGUACCGUUUAUAUUCAAAUAAAAUAUAUAUAUACUUUACGUCAUAUAUGUAUACACACACACGCGUGUAGGAUACUCUACUUUAUAAAUAUACACAAUAUAAAAGAUAGCUACAUAUAUGUAUGUAUAUAUAUAUACUCUACAGAAAAAAGAUAGGCUGUUUUAAUUAUUUUCUACACAACUGAAGGUAGCAUUAUCUAGUUCAAAUUUUACCUCUGCAGUCUAACACAGCUAAGCUAUUUAACUUUCAAACUAGUUGACAGGACUUGUUGACUCUCAUAUUAGCCUAAACUGUUCUUUUUUGUGUGUCCUCCCCUCCGUUCUCCCUUUCUGCCCUUAAGUUUCUAGCUCCCAUUUCUUCAUCUUCUCCAUUAUCAUACAUAACAUAUAUAUAUAUUAUCCCUCUCACUGCAAAAACAACCCCUUAAAACUUUUUUUUUACGAAGGUUUAGGUACUGUAGUACCACGACAGAAACACGCUUAACGAAAAUUUCUGAAGACAAUUAUUUGUUAUACGCUUUACCAGAAAGAAGACAGAGACAAGCAACGAGGAAGAAACAGGAAAAUAUAUUUUAGUGAUUGUUUUGCCUUGAUUAAAACAAGUCAGAAACCUCUAUAGAUGUAGACAGAAAAAUACAUAUAUAUGUUAUAGAUAUAUAUUGUUUAGUUUCACGUCUUCGCUGUUAUUUUGUCACAAGUGGUUUAUUUUAAACAACAAAUACCAGGGAAAAUACGACUGACUUUGUCCAAAAUAAUAAUUAUUAAUUAAACCACAAAAGAAAGUGUAUAUAUUAUUGUUUUAACCAAAAGUUACACCAGCAAGAAACUUUUAAAAACUAUAUAGACGUUCAUAUCGAUCUUUGCGUGUGUCUAUACACAUAUAUAUAUAUAUAUUAAUAUACAUCAUAUAUAUAUAUAUAGCGGGAAAAAAAUCAUACGUAAAAAAGAACAUGGAAAUGGAAUUGUACCAAGUAGACUGCGUAAAAGAUGGAGAAGAUUUCUUCAGUUGCUCCCCAAGGAGUCUUCAACGCAAGCGCGCAUGCCGUCCAAAACCUGCGCAUUUGCGUGACUUGUCAAAGAUGACGUACGGUGACAGCAGUGCUUCUCUGAAACCAAACUGUGCCCAUGAUCUGUCCUUGUUGAAUCUGUCAGAAGCUUGUGAUGAUACACCUCUUCAACCUCAUCUUGGUACUAUUCAGAAAGUACCAUCCAUCUCGGACCUCUCUGAAGACAGUCAAGAAAAUCCUUACCAAAAACGGCAGCAGUUCGCCAAAGAUUAUUCCAACAAUCACAUCUUGCCAUUAACGCCAGGAACAACCCAAAAAGUGUCCCAGGCUCUCUUUGCUAGUUUUAAAAGUUUUGAGAAAGAACAACAACGAUUAAAUAUUCCACGUGAUCCUGUACAGUGGAACAAAAUCAAUGUGAUGCAAUGGUUGGAAUGGGUCAGACAAGAAUACGCUCUCAAUGGCAUUCGCACCGAUCGUUUCAACAUGACCGGUAAAGAAAUGUGUCAACUUGGUAAAGAUGCUUUUCUGGAAAGAGCGCCACCUUACGUGGGUGAUAUACUUUGGGAACACUUGGAAGUUAUGAAAAGGGACUAUCACAGUGACCUCUCCAUGCCUCACCAAUUACAUAUGGCUAAUAACAACAAUGGUAAUGGCCAACCCUAUAUACCAGAAGGAACCUACCAGAUAUCUGAUUCUAUUCAGACAAUGGCAGAAAUGAAUGGUGAGGCUGUGAUUCCAGUGAACCAUUUGUAUGAAGAUAAUUCUGACUACCACAACCUGGAGAACAUGCAGCAGCAACAUGCCAACUUCUACGACCAUCCUGAGUUCUACCCAAUUCUUCAGGAAAACAAGUACCGACCAAUUCCAACGAAAAAUAUCUCACGAGCCCAAUAUAUCCACGAGGUAACAGGUGACAACUAUUACGACCACCAACCAUACCAGACAGUACCAAGUAUCAAGUCCGAAUGUGCCUGGUCCACUCAGGAAUACGGUCAAGACAUUAGCGCCCAAGAAAGUUGGUCGAUGAAUAAUGAGAUGCGUACUAAUCUACAUUCUGCAAGUUUCCGAAGUCUACAGACGUCUCCAAGUGAUAACACCAACACGGGUUCCGAUGGAAAACCAGUUAUCCAGGCAGCCGCUUUGGCUGGCUACUCAGGGAGUGGCCCAAUCCAGCUUUGGCAAUUCCUUCUUGAAUUGCUCACAGAUAAAUCUUGCCAGCAUUUCAUUAGUUGGACUGGUGAUGGUUGGGAAUUCAAAUUAUCUGACCCGGAUGAGGUAGCACGAAGAUGGGGUGUUCGCAAAAAUAAACCCAAAAUGAACUAUGAAAAACUUAGCCGUGGUCUGCGGUAUUAUUACGAUAAGAACAUUAUCCACAAGACGGCAGGCAAGCGCUAUGUUUACCGUUUUGUCUGUGACCUUCAAGGAUUGCUUGGUUAUUCCCCGGAAGAGCUUUUUGAAGCUUGCGAUAUCAAACCACAGAAGGACAAAGAUGACGAGUAAAAAAGCAUCGAUUAGGAUUACAAAUGUUGCGAUUGUGAAGAAUUUAACAAAAAAAAAAAUUAUAAGUAAAAAAAAAAGGAGAGAAAAAGACUACAUUUUUGGAAAAUUCUUUGGAAGAUUCUGUGAAGAAAGAAUUUUGAUUGGAAGGAUUGAUGCUCAGUUUUUUUAUUUCAUUUAAAAAAAAAAAUUUCCUUUAUUUCUUUAAAUCUUUUGAGCAUAUGGAACAAAGUUAAGAAUUGACCAUAUUCUGUUGGUUUACAUGGAGGCUUAAUAGAGGUUGAGGAGAAAUGCAUAUAUGCCAAAACAGUACAAUAGAACAUCUACGUGUGUGUGUAUAUAUGUAUAUAUAUGUCUGUGUGUGUGCGUGUGUAUUGCAGGGGUGACAUGUUGAAAAGCAGCCAUGUCUAGCCUCUUAGAAAAAAGGUCUCAAAGGUAAGUUGAGAGUCAAUAAGAUAUUCAGUACAUAGCAUUAACCUGACAAAAUGUGUUUUGUUAGACUACCGUUUACGGAUUAAAUAUUACACAUACACACACACAUACUUAUAUAUACGUGUGCACUCUCAUUCUUCAAUCAGGUGGUUGCAAUAUCCACAAUAUAUACACACCUAUUUGCAUACAUGUAUUUAUACAUAAACACACACUAUUAUUACAUAUUGGUAUAUUUGUGCGUUGGCAUAUAAGCAUCUAAGGUUGCUGUAGCAUGGCCUGUCCCAUUUGUUAAUUGGCCAACUUACAGAUAUUUUCCUCCUUUUCUCAUUACUGCCAUUCUUUGAAAAAACAAGCCUUGGUUGUCACUUUGACGUAUCUUAACCAAUGCCUUUGUGCCUGAUGUCUUGUUGCCAUGGUGAUAACGAGUCUAAAACUAACUUAAAAAUUGCCCCCGUCACUUUUUUUUUUUUUGUACCCCUUCCCUCAAACUCUGAGAGUUGGUCCAAGUGAUUGGGACAAACUAAAAAUGUGCAAAAGAUUUUUUUUUUUUUAAAAAUGAAUUGACGAUUGGAUGGUGUCAUUUUGUUGAUUUGUUUUUUUUUUUUAUUUUUCUAAAUUUUGUAUUUUUUUGUUUACUAAAGUUAAAAAAAAAAUUUUUUUUGUAAAAAAAAACAAAAAUGAGAGCAAUAUAAUGAAACUUGUGUGUGUAUGUUUCAUGCCCUGUGUAUGUGUGUGUGUGUAUAUGUGUGUAAAUAUAUAUACGGUAUACAUACAUCUGUAUGUGGGAACACAUUCAUGUAUAGACACACACACAUACACCUUUGUAAGUAUGUUUUUUUAACGACUGGUUAUCUCUUAAACUUUAUUGGCGACAUAAUUAGCCAGAUUGUUUAAGAUGUGUAUAUGUGUGUACUUACGUAUGUAUAUACGUACGCAUGUGUGUGUGUGUUGUGUAUGUGUGUGAGUGCAUAUGUAUCAAUUUUGGUUUAUACCUUAUGCACACCUGUACACCAUUCGUUAACUGUCUCACCUGAGAUAAAAUUAUACAUAUUGUAUAGUAGGGCAUCCCUCUCUCUCUGAACUUUUUUUAAUUAAAAUAAUUUCUAUAUUU